AAAUAAAUCAAUGCAUAGACACAAAAAUACGUUUUUUGUUUUAUAUAUGAGAUGGAAAUAAAAAUAAAACGAAAACAACAGUUUGACCCGCACUCCAGACCUGUAUGUGGCGCUAAUGCGCGUUUACGCUGGUUUUCAACGGCGAAUUUGCCAAACAACAAAGGAGAAGAAGAAACUGCUGCUGGUCACUGAGUGUGUUAUGAAAAGUAUGUGUGAAGUUUGCCGAUGUUUCCCGGGAGCUUUUGAUGAGCUGGGAGACGAGCGCAGCAGGAUUCACAGAAGAUAACAGAGACCAUCGUCUCCUGACACCGCCACCAUGUCAGUGCAUCUAGACCCAGGUCCUCCACAGGUCGUGAACCCUCCUCCUCCCGAGGUCACCAACCCAAACAUGUCCAGCCGCAGAACCAACCAGCUGCAGUACAUGCUCAACGUGGUGAUCAAGUCACUGUGGCGCCAUCAGUUUGCCUGGCCGUUCUACCAGCCCGUUGAUGCUGUCACUCUGGGAUUACCAGAUUAUCAUACGAUAAUAACAUCUCCAAUGGACAUGGGAACCAUCAAGAAACGCCUGGAGAACAACUACUACUACAGCGCUAGUGAGUGUAUGCAAGACUUCAACACCAUGUUCACCAACUGCUACAUAUACAACAAGCCAACAGAUGACAUUGUGCUGAUGGCGCUAGCUGUGGAGAAGAUUUACUUACAGAAAGUUUCCCAGAUGCCUCAGAGAGAAGUGGAGAUUUUCCCUCAUGCAGCGAAAGGGAAGGGCAAGAAAAUCAGCGCUGCAGCUGGACAGGCGGGAACUGUGACCUCAUGUCCUUCAGCUACAGCAGCCACAAAAAAGAAAGGCCUGAAAAGGAAGGAACGAGCGCCGUCAUCUGAUCUGCCGUCGCCGCUCGCGACCAGUCCGAGCAAUUUGUCUGAAAACAAGAGGAGGCGGGACUUAGAGGAGAAGGAUUUGUUGCAGAAACAGACGGAGCAGAGCGGAUCCAACAAACAGCUCAAAUACUGCAACGACAUACUGAAGGAAAUGCUCUCAAAGAAACACGCCGUCUACGCCUGGCCCUUCUACAAGCCAGUGGACGCUGAAGCUCUGGCUCUGCACGAUUAUCAUGACAUCAUCAAAUACCCCAUGGACCUCGGCACUGUUAAAAAAAAAAUGGACGGAGGAGAAUACAGAGACACUCAAAGUUUCGCUGCAGAUGUUCGGCUGAUUUUUUCCAACUGCUACAAAUACAACCCUCCUGAUCACGUGGUCGUCUACAACGCCAGAGAACUGCAGGGCGUGUUUGAGAAGAGGUUUGCAAAGAUGCCGGACGAGCCCGUGGACCUGGCGUCAGCGCUGACUCCACAGUCCACUAAGAAUGGAAGUUUCGGCCGGAUGAGCGGCGGCACUUCCUCCGGCAGAGACACGUCGGACUCGGCGGAGGAACGCGCCACGAGACUCGCUGAGUUUCAAGAGCAAGUGGGUGCAGAGCAACUGAAAGCUGUUCACGAACAGCUGACUGAGCUCUCUGAAGCCCCGCCCAUUAAACCAACAAAGAAGAAAGAAAGGAGCAAGAGAAAGAACGAGGGGCAAAACAAAGGCAGCACUCGUUCCCGGAGCACUUCACUCUCCACAUGCAGGAACUCGGUGAGGGGAAGUAAAAAGUGGGAUUCUGACGACGAGUCUCUGCCGAUGACGUACGACGAGAAACACCAGCUGAGUCUGGACAUUAAUCGCCUAGCGGGUACGAAGCUAGGUCACGUCGUGCACAUCCUGAAGUCACGAGAGCCGUCGAUGUACGACGCCAACCCGGACGAGAUCGAGAUUGACUUUGAGAGACUGAAGCCGUCGACUCUGAGGGAGCUGGAGCAUUACGUCAAGUCCUGUCUGUACCGGACGUUCCUGAAGUUUCAAAAAAAAGCUGCGUCUCAUCACGCGGGCAGCAGCAGUUUUUCGGACUCAGACUCCGGCUCCAGCUCAGACUUCACCUCCGACGCCACUGACUCGUGAAAGUGUCUUUUAUUUAUUUCUUCUUCUCACAGGAGGAGAGUUCCUCACAAAUGUUAAACAUGUUUAUUUUUGUAUUCUGUUGAAAAUGUCUGUGUUUUUGUAUUCAAAGUGGAUUGUGUUGUAAAUGUGUGAUUAUCUGUCACUUUCUGCUCUUUGAGUUUCUUCUUCAUCAAACAGCCUGAUGGCGCUUCCUGCUGAGUUCAAGAAAAUCUAAGUUUGUCUCCAGUUUGUUACAAACGACAAUAAAAGUCUGUUUUUCACCACUUUCA